GUGCACACACAUGUGUGCCACAUACUCGUGGUGGUGCCGCACAUGGUUCAUUAUUAAUUUUAUAUAAAAGCAACAACAAUUAAUUGUAAUUGACUCAGUCGCACGGGCAGCGCUCAACAGCCAAGUCGGAUUUGGAUUUCAAGCAAUCGUACUCUUAGUUCAUCCAGCCAAAGAAGAAACCACCAUCACAUCCUCCUUCUCCUCCCAAUCCUCCUCGGCGACUAUGCGAGCCGGAGUCGCCUGUCUCCUGGUGCUCCUGGGCAUCUGCGGAGCCGCUCGGGCGGAUCUCACCUACCGCGGAAAUGCAGUGCAUCCAGACUAUCCUGGCCAGUGCUACUACGAGGAGCUCAACCAGGCCAUACCCAAGAAACAGUCCUACAAGCCCAUCAAUCGCGAGGGCUACUGCCAGUCCAUCUACUGCAGACCAGACUAUGUCCUCGAAAUUGGCUAUUGCGGUCGCCACAAUCUGGUGCCCACGGAGCAGUGCAGGAUUGCCUCGGACAUGCGACGCACCUUUCCGGAAUGCUGUCCCAAGCUGGUGUGCCAGGAGUCCGAGAGCAACUACAUCUAGCUGGGAUCCCCUGGCUGCUUAGUAUUAUUAUAUAAACACACUUACGAGUAUUGUACAUUUUCUAUUUUGGCACAAUGUUUGUUAAAUAUUACUUGUAAGUUUAAUUGCGUAUUUAUGUUGAUAGAUUUAGUGUUCUAUUCUUUUUGUUUUCUCACCGGAAAUAUAAAUAAACAUCUAUUUUUACAAAAA